AUGAUCCUCCUUGAUGGUUUCAAUGGAGAACUUCGUGCACCUCCUCCAGCAUCUUUGGGUUCUCUGCCAACCAGUUCGAUCACAAGUGCAGGAUCUGAGCCACACUCAUCAGGCCACUACACAAGCUCUUCAACUGCACCGACAACACCAGACAAGGGAAUUACGACAGGUUUCCGUACAAUUAGACCGACCGUGAGUGCUGCGUCAGCGCCACACUCUUCAAGUACUUACGCAGGCUCUACCAAAGAAGUGACAGUGCCGACACCUGACGAGGAAGGUUCGCCUACAGGCAAGAUGACCGCAACGGCUGAACCUCGACAACACUCAUCGAGCAGGUACAUAAGCUCAACCAAGGAACUCGUCUCAUCAACACAGGGAAUAGAGACUGAUACGACAG